GAUGAUUUGUUCCUUCGUGUUUCUUGUUUGGAUACUGAAACUGUGAACAAAUAAUGUAAAAACUAGUUUUUAUGAUCAUUUAUUAUGCUUCUGCAGAUUUUUCAUGAAAUUGUGAUUACAAAUGAAAACCUUAGUUCAUGUAGAAUAAUUCUGCAAUGCCUUAAAAUCGGUGAACGAGUUUCAAAGUUCUGCAUGUUUAUGACUGACGUGUAAUGUUUCCAACGGCGGACACUGAAGAUAUCGUACAGGUCACGUCAUUAAAUAGAAAACCGUGUGUUAAUAGCGAUGUACGAGAUUCGUCUGAUAAUACACAACUUGCAAAACAACAAACUAACAGGGAGUUAACGUUAAACAUGUUGGUCAAAGAAAUGAUAUUUUGCAUAGCUGUUGCACUCACAACAUACGGAGCUCUGCACAAUCCGCCCCCAAAAAUAUCAAAACAUCCUCAAGCUGUGAGAUUCUUUGACCCAGAAUCUGCAGUUACCGACUGGUAUAGAGGUCAGCUAAGUGAUGCCUUAGGUGUUGUCAACAGUGUGGAUAUCUCAUUUGUAAUGUACUAUGCCCCCUGGGAUGCAGAAUCACAGUAUGUUCGUGGAGAGUUUGACAAGGCUGCCACUGUACUGGGUGAUCGGGUUCACUUUUCUGCAAUUAACUGCUGGAAUCCUGGCAGUGAGUGUAGAUUACAAAACAAUAAAAUACCAUCAUGGCCUAUUUUAAUGGCUUAUACAGUUACAUCCAGAGGUGUGCUCUACAAAGGACCUAGAGAUGCUCAAAGUAUUGUAAAAUUCUUACAGUUAAUAAUGAAACCAUUAGACAGGGUUUCUUCUACUGAAGAUCUAAUAAAUUUAAUAUCUAUCUGUGAUGCUGUAGCAAUAGGUUUCACACCACUUGCUGAAACUUCAAAGUUUUAUAACAUUUGGUACUAUGUGGCUCUGAAGGCUCGCGAGUUUGAUACUGUUGGAGAAAUAUGCUUUGCUGUUGUGACUUCAGAAUCAUUGGCUGCGGAAUUAGGAAUUUAUACUGUACCAAAUGUUCGUCUCAUGUUGUGGAAUACUACAAAGGAAUAUACUGCAGAGGAUCCUUUACGACCCUGGAAUGAAUCUGCAAUUUUACAAUGGGUUUUGGAGAACUUUACUCAACCAGUAUCAAGAAUAAUACCUAUGUGGAAGAAGGCUUUUAGUUUUGAAAGAUAUGCAGAUGGAAAUCCUAUUUUGAUAUUAUUUACUCCUUUAAAUCCCUUGUAUGAGCAGAUACCUUCAUAUGCUUUGUUGCGUGAAGUUGCAAUGGAGUACUACAGCUGUAAAACAAAUAACUCAAACUAUUUGACAUCUGAACUUAUAAGAAUACAAAAGAUCCAGAGAUUGAUAUAUGAACGAAGGAAUUACGCAAAAUAUUGUGAAAGUCUUAAGCAUCGAAAGCCUAAACAGAAUUUAAAUUAUAAGAGAGAAAUAGUUUCACAUAAUAAUAAGUAUCCUUGGUAUAAUGCCACACAUAAUACCCCAAAAACAUUGGCAUUUGACUACCUCCUGAAACACAGAUUGGCUAUGUCUAAAGCAUUAGACAGUGCUAAUGAUGAGGCAGACAUUGUGGCGACCUUGGCCAUGUUGCAGCAAUGUGAUACAAAAGUAAUGCCAGCUGAAAAAGAGUUUUAUGAUAUUUACGAGCAAUGUGAAAAAUAUGAGGAAAGCUUGGCACCUGAACAGGAGUUGGAAUCUGAUUGUUCAAACUUAGAGACUUCUAUGCUGCCAUUUGAUGAUGACCCGUUAUCAGUUGAAAAUCUGUUUCAUGAUCACCAGCAAUAUCUAUGUAGAAUAUUUAAUUUUGCAAAUGAAAUUGGGCCACCAGUCGCACCAGCAAGGAUUGCGAACGCGGAAGAGAAACAAAAUAUAUCGCGUGUAGAAGGGCUGGCUUGUGAGAAAAAUUUCACACUACACAUGUUAGCUGUGGAUAGUGUUCGUAAUCACCAUUUUGCCGAGUUUUUAGGUAUUGAUGUAACGAAUGUGAAGGACAAAACUGCUGUCGUUAUUUUAGAUACUAAACUGGAAACCCAGUAUUUGUUGUCAGAAGAAUAUAGUGCCAAAUCUGUUAGAGAUUUUAUUUAUAACUUUACACAUAAAAAGUUGAAACGUUAUUUAAGAACGCAUGUUGAAGAUGCAUCUCACACACAUUAUUUCGGUUCUGAAGAGAAUGUUGGCGACGAGAGUACCAACGAAAAUAUAGUAGAUAUUAUAGAUCUAACAACCAAGACUUUUAGAAAAAUUGUGAGGACCCCAGGAACCGUGAGCAUCGUAGCGGUUUGCGGCGGCGCGUGCAGCGCGGGCACGACGCGCGCAAUUUCGGCGGCCGCGCGGCUGCUGCGCUCGUGUGGCGUGCGCGCGCGCCCGGCUCGCCUCGACGCGCUGCGACACGAUCUGCCGUGGCACUACACCGCGAGUCAUUACCCCACUAUCUUCGUAUUCAGUGCUGACGGCAGUCGCGAGGCGGAGUCGCGUACGUACCCCGCGGCGCAGCGCGUGUCGUCGAGCGGGCUGGUGGCGCUAGCGUUGCGAGCGCUCGGCCCGCGCCGCCAUUUGCGCGUGCGACUUGCGUUAUGUGCCGCCACGCAGAUGUUAUCGGAUAAGAAGACUUGUCUAAGAGAGUUGAGAGAGCACGUGACCACCGUUAUAGCUCGAAGCCUGAAGUACUGGCGGCGCACUGAACACAGGGAGCUCAAGGAUGCCCUCCUCAGGAGACUGCAGUACCUACACCAAGUGUCGCUCGACUUGAGCACCCUCCACAUCACAGAUCUCCACGAAAAUAGUCAGAAACAAAAGACUUUGCUAAACUCCCUCAGCCUACUAUCCGAGAAUUGGGACAUAGAUGUUUCAAUAUUAAGCAAAAAUGUCACGUCAACAGAAAUCAGAAGUUGAUAUUAACUUAUGUUUUUGUAUAUAGUGUACAUUGCUUAUUUUAUAAAAUACCUAUUAUUUAUUUUUAGAGGAUAAACAGUUAUUAAAUGUUGGCUAAAAGUCA